CAACGUCAGCUACUGUUAGCAAGCAAGCGGCUAUAUUAGCUGUCUACUCCUAUGCUCCUAGCAAACGUUAACGCCUCGGUUUGGCGUUUUAAACUCUUUAUAAACAAACCGAGAAAAAACAGGGGUGGCACAGAGAAGCGAAUGUGGAAGUUGUAGUUUAUACCUGAGCCUGACAGCAAGCUAAGUUAACGGCGGUAGCAACAGCUAACGUGUUUGAACGGCGAGAUGUUAAAGUUACCGCCAAUCCGCACGGACGUUUAUUGUGAAGGACCGAGCGACACAUCAACAGCAUCAGCCCGGACAGCAUGGAGGACAGGAUAAAUUAAUACUCGGACAGGCGGAGCCAGUGCAGAUAUGAGUGAAGUGGCUGAGGAAGCAAUGGACAGCUCUGCGGUGUCUGAGGAAGAAGUGGAGGACCAGCAGGAGACGUCACAGGAAGACCAGUCGAGUGUUAACAAAAGCUCCUCCAAGAUAUCCGCUGCAGGUGAAAUCAUUGAGGGUAAGCGGGCGAAGAAGACAGUCGAGAGGCUCGAUUUCCAAGCGCCGAAGCAAAAGGAGAAGAUCAAGAUUGGAGAGGGUAGCGGAGAUAAAUUAGGAGACAUUCCACGCACCGGCUACCAGAUCACCAAGAUGAAGCCCGCUGACCUGAAACCUCUGCACGUCAUCCUGUUUGACAGACCAGGAAAGAUGGCCACAUUAAAGAAGAACUUGCGUCUGUUUAACGGCUUUCCUUUUGACGCAGACAGCGAACAGUACACCAAAAAACGUGAAAAACUUCUCAAGAAUUCACAUUUUACCAACACCAAACUGAAAGCUGUCUGUGGUGUUUUGGAUCUGGAGAAGAAAGGAACCCACUCAGACCUGGUCGACAGGAUCCUGAAUUUCCUCAUCGCACCAAAAAACAGCGGAAAGCGUCUGCCAGUGAAGAAAAAGAGGAAAUCAAAGAAGAAACUGUCCGGAGACGACUCGAAGGCCAGCACCAAGAAGAAGAGCAAACCCAAACCGAGGAGCUCGUCGUCCAGUCCCAAGAAGUCCAAAUCGGGAAGCAAGUCCAAAGCCAUCGUCAUGGACUCGAGCAGCGACGAGGACGACGACGAGGAAGAUGAGAAGGCGGGGGCUUCGGCCGAGGCUGAGGGAUCAGAUACAGAGGACAAACCGUCGGACAAAGAAGAGGACCAGUCUGAAAAGUCAGAGGAGUCCGCAGGCGAAGAGGAGGAUGAGGAUGAAGAUGAUGAGUCUCCCAAAUCAAAGUCAGGCAGAGGGAAGUCUGCUCCCAAGAAGUCAGCACCAGUGAAAAGACAGAGGACACCAGCGAAGAAGACUGGUCCUCCUAAAAAGAGAGCGAAGAAGGAAGUUUCAGAGGAGUCUGAAUCUGAGGCCGACAGCGAAGCUGAUGAAAAGCCCAAAAAGAAGAAAUCGGCUCCAGUCAAACCUGCCGCCAAAACCAAGAAGGCAGACAGUAGCAGCAACAGCAAAAACAACACAAACACAGCGGAGGACAGUUCAGACGACGACGAGCCGCUCAUCAAGAUGAUAAAGAAAAUGCCGAGCGACGAGCAGCUGAAGGAGACUGUGCAGAGUCUGCUGAAGGAGGCCAACCUGGAGGAGAUGACCAUGAAACAGAUCUGCCAGAGGGUGUUUGACACCUACCCAGACCACGACCUGACCAGCAGGAAGGACUACAUCAAACAGACCGUCAAAUCUUCCAAAACCAAGACGUCUGAAGAUGUGCCUUUGGGCUCCGGGGACUUGUGAUGAGCAGCUUUACUGACCUAAAGAUUAGAGAAAUAAGAGAAUUCUCAUCACAUGAAGAUCUGAAGAAGAAUGAACACAGGAGGGGAAACUUCAGUGGACAUGACUCUUUUUCUCAUUAGUUUCAUAUCAGUUUGUUUUCAACAGUUUUGUACACGAGUAUGUUUUAUUUUUUAUUACUGCGUGUCUUGUGUAUAGAUUUUCAGAUUAACUCAGCAGUGUUCUUCAUCAUCAGCUUGUUUAAUGUUCUCUGACUAAGACAAAGUCUGUACGUCGGCUUUUAGUCGUCAUGUUUAGGCAGCAAAAGAAAAGAAAGCCAGUGAGUCAUCUUAACGCCAAAUCCUCUCUUUGCUUUUGACUCUUUCUGGAUUCAAAUGUGUACAUAUGUUUCUAAUUAGGUGAAGCUAUUUUUGAUUAAAACACAUUAACUCAUUCCUUUUUGUUCAACUCUGAACAGUUUGUUUCCUUUUGGUUGUUUUUGCUGUUAGUCCGUUAAUUUACUACUUCAAUUCGUCAGAUUAACUGUGCUUGAGUAAUUUAAUCACUGAUUAAAAUUGUACUUUUUUGAACAAAA